AUGAGGGCAAGUUUUCGGGAGAUACUCUGGCGUACCUCAGAAAUCGUCUCAACAGCUGACCAGAGCCUACUUGCGUAUUCAAUAAAAAAUUUAUCUACAAGAUGCUCCAUGUCGGACAGUGAUGGUGUUUCAGUUGAUGAGCUGUGGAGCCUCUCAAGCGGUGGUCGUGAUGAUGGCUCGCUUGGCUUACUGGCCAGAAAGAACGAUUAUCUACAUAUGGCUGAAGUGAACGAGAAUAUAAUGGGAAAAGCUAAAUCUUGGAUAUCUGGAAGAUAUAAGCGGGACGCUAAUGGCACAUUUGCAGAAACGGGGAAGAUUAUUUUCCAUGAAGAUCCUAAUUUCGCGGCAAAGGUGGUCUGCAUAUGUUUCGGAAUUGGAGUGGGGAUUGUCUUUGUUGCGUGCCUCUUUUUUUGGUGCUGCGAUGAAAAAGUGGAAGACAAAGUAGCAAGGCGAAGGAGAGCAAUAAAGAUAGCUGAAGAAAAAGCAGCUAGUUUGGUUGUUGAACCACCGUUGGAAGCAACUUGGGAGGAAGACAAAUCAGGAAAGAAACGUCUGUUGUCAUAUGGCUCACCUGCCAAAAGCAGUAGUUUGCGUAAAAAACGACAAAAUCAAAAUCAGAAUAGGAAACCAGAUGGAAUAGAUGGAAACGAAAGGAGGAAAUCCAAAAAUUCAAGAGGCAAGCGUAGAAGCUCAAGUCGCUCAAAACAGAAAGUCAGCUGCCAAAAACAACGACUGCCGGAGAAAACUGAAAAAUCAGAUGCCCUCACAGAAUCAGCAAGGGAAGUUAUACCUGUGAAAGAAAAAAGAAGAAGUCAUAAAUGGAUAACAGAUGACAUCGUAUUUCUGAUGGAUGAUUUAAGAAAAGUAAAAAGUUGCAAUCCUGAUAGUUAA